AGAGGAGACGGGAGCAAAGGUCAGUUCGUGGGAGAGAGUGUGGUGCUGAAACUGGCUGAGCCGUUUCUGGGGAAGGGAAGAAACAUUACGAAUGAUAAUUUCAUCACCUCCCUAAAACUAGCCACUGCCUUACAGGCCAAAAAGACCAUCCUGUUUGGCACCCUGGGUAAAGCAAAACGCGAGUUGCCUCCCUCUGUAAAAGAGCAGGCAGAGCUGUUCAGCACAAAGGUGCUGAAAUGUGCUAAUGCGACACUGAGCGUUUACCAGGGAAAGCCGAGAAAAAAUCUCUGCAUUCUGAGCUCAGUGCACACAAGUGUGGGAAUAACAGAUGGACCGAAGGCAAAACCUGACUCUGUCACUUAUUAUAAUAACACCAAAUACGGCGUAGAUGUGCUUGAUCAGAUGGCAAAGGCGUACUCCGUAAAAGGCUGUACACAAAGAUGGCCAGUGGCUGUAUCUUAUAACAUCCUCGACUUGGCUGGAAUAAAUGCACAUGUCCUUUACAAGGAGUGCACCAGCAGCAAGAUUCCAAGAAGAAAGUUUUUGCUGCAGUUGGCAGAGGAGCUGAGAGGAGAGUUCAUGGAGGGGAAAAGGGCAGCAGCGCACGGUGCCGGUCAGCAGCAACAGACACCAACCUCACCAGGCACAAAAACGCAGGCAGUGCCAGGUGAAGAGGAGCUGCAAUCAGAACAAGACACAAGACACCUGCAACACAUGCCGCAAACCCGUCUGUGGCAAUUGUGUCAAAAGACGAGCUGUCACCUGCGUUGACUGCGUUUAAAAAGACAAAGGUAGUUAGCCUACAAGUGAUUUUGUAAUUAGUUGUUUCAUGGUAUGUUCUUGGCUCUUUUUGUCAUCAGCUCGGUUCCAGCUUUUGCAAUUUGCCUCUUUUCUUUGUCAUUUAGACAUUUCUGUGUUAGAAAUAUGUUUUAAAAUAUAAUCUUAAUGCAUAAAAAAAAAUGUAAUGUAGCGCACCAGCAGAAAAAUUGCCACAGCAACUGAACUGAGAGCGGAGUUUAUAGAGAGAGAAAAAGGGCAGCGGCGCACGGUCUGAGCAG